GGUGCAGAUAAGCAACUAGCAAAAAAAUGGGAGAAGGAGCAUGCGGCCAGAGUGAGUACACCCUCAGUUCACUUGCAUAAACCAACGAAUGUGACAAUGUUUUCGGGGAACCCCCUAAUUGAAACUGCCAUCAGUGGUGGAAAUGUUGAUAUGUUGAAAGCCCAAGGUGACAAAAAGACAGCAAAACUCAACCCCACCAAGCGCAAACGAGAUGACCUGGAUGAGGAUGAGGAAGGGAUGCCAACUGAAGAGGAUGCUUUUAAGGAAGAUUUUCACAGGGAACUUGAGGAGAAAGAGAUGGAGUUAGACUUACACGAGCCGCGCAUUAAUAGUAACCGAAUCAACAAUAUCUCUGGGAGUGUUGACUGGGAUGGGGUUUUGAAGCGGUGGGUCUAUCACUGCAUUGAACUCUCCUGCAGUCCUCUUUAUUACUACCUCAUAGAUCACUCGGGUUUUCAUGGUCCCACGUCAAA